AUGGAAGCCCCGCUGCGAAUGCUCAUUGGAGUUGUCGAGGUCAGGGACAGGUGGCUGGAACCCAAUGUCGAGCUCGCAUGCGAAGUUCGCCUCUUUCUGCCUCGGGCGGCGAUCACAUUGGCGUUGUUUCCUGAGUCCUCCUAUGCCGAGUCAAAGACGACAGGGACGGUCAGGGGGGACAACAAAGGCGGGCACAGCAGCUGGUACAUGGGAGAGGAGCUGGCCUUCGAAGGCGAGGCUGUCCGUCAGGAGCGUCGAGCAGAAGGAGGUCUUCAAGCGCAGGUCCUCGUUAUUGAGCGCCCUUCGGGAGACAAACUUGCUGCAACAGCUCUCUUCAAGGUACCCACAGUCCGUGAGCGCCAUGAGCCCUUGUGGUCUCGAGCCUUUGCUUCAAGGCGCGUUGGCCACGUGUCCGUCGCGGCCGGCUGGGUGGGCUCGGAGCUCGUGGGAUGGCUUUCGCAAGAGGUGCUGCGUCGCGCGAGCUUCGGCAAGUGGGACUGGGUGGCAGAGACGUUGGAGGCCAUGGGGCCACAAGAGGUGCAGGAGGUGGGCGAAGGCUGCUGUGACACAGCUGGCCGCAGUAUCCUGGAGUACGCGGCAAUGAGCGUCGUGGCAGAGCCAAGGGCGGCACAGGUGCUGCAACGGCUGCUGCAAGUCGGCGUGGGCUUCCGAGCUGACCAGGAAGGUCUCACGGCGCUUCAUUUUGCCGCCUUUGCGGGGUCGGAGCAAGCCGUUUCCUCGCUCGUGGACGCUCGGGCAGCCGUUGAUGCCAUGGCCAAGAAAGGCGUCACUCCCUUGAUGCUCGCUGCGCUCACGGGCAGCUUAGCUUGCGCAAACCGCCUCCUGCAAGCGGGCGCCAAUGCCUCGAUCACAGACGAUCAAGGUCAGACUGCCGCAACAUGGGUGUGUCUUGGAUGUGGUGAGCCGCCGUCCAGGAGCGGUCGGCAGCGGCUGCUGAACAACGGGCCGGAAGAAUUCAAGGCGAUGCUGGGGAUAAGCAACGGCCUGCAUGAAGCGCUUGACCGUCGUCGAGCGCAUGGAGUGGCGGAGCCCUGGGGCGGCCCCCGCCGGGAGCUGCUGGGGGAGCUGGUGGACCGGCUGUGCAGCUCGGGCAUCGAGGGCCCAGCAUCGCCCACCGGCGCAGGGGCCGCGCAGAGGUGGCUGCCGCUGCUGCGGGAGGCGUCCAAACCUGGCCCCGUGCGCUGCGGAUGCUUCGCGGAGCUCUACACUCGGCUCCAGCGGAGCCAAGGCCUCUACGUCCCUUUGCUGGGAGCGGUGCUUUGCUCGGCAAUUCACCAGGGCAAGUUCUGGGGGGAACAGCUAUGCCGGAUGUUGCUGAGAGAAGCGGGCGAGCUGCCAGUCACUGGCAAGCUUCCAGACGGCCGAUCCAUUGUUGAGAAGGCGCUGGACCUUGGCUGGGACGAAGUGGCGCUGAUGCUCUUCGACCGUGGAGCCUCCCUCGACAGCGAUUUGGCGGCACAGGCCCGGGCCUUGCGCGCAGCCGUGGAGGGCGGACACCGGGAGCUUGCAAAGCGCUUGGUGGGGCAAUGGGCAGAAGACCGCGAUGCUUGGGCCAGACCAGCGGCUCCGGAGGCGGAGGGACUAGCUGAAUGCCCAGUGUGCUUCAGGGCACUUUGUGAGGGAGGGCCUGCUGUCUUAUUUGACGCAAAUGGUCGUCGCGCUUGCGGGCACUUCCUCUGCACAGCCUGUGCCACGGAGCUGUCCUUGCAGUCCACCAGCCCAAGGUGCCCAGUUUGUCGACAGCCCUUUCAGCCACCGCCGGCUCGCCCACCAGACCCACGGGAGGACGACCCUGCUGCCUGGUUCGCCUUCUUCGAUGAGGAUGGCGUUGGGUAUCUGGACCGUCACCUCUUGGAGAAGGUGCUUCCAGCAGUGGUUCCAGUGGAUGCAUCCAAGCUGGAGGCUUCUCUACGCGGGUCGCUGUGGAGCGAAUGGGACCCAUCUGGAGAGGGUCGAGUUUCAAGGAAGGGCUUCUGCGCGGAACGAGGCCUCCUGCGGUGGCUAGCAGAGCACUUGGAGGAGCUCCAAAUUGAACGGGAGAAAGGGCCGCCGCCGCCGUUGGAGCAAGAUCGUGAGGGAUGGUUUCGACAUUGGGCGAGUCCAGGGAACAAGGAGAUGGGAAAGGCAGAUGUAUUGCGUGCCGUUUUGAAGUCCUGCGGAACCUCCUCCUUGGAAGCCUCAGCUGUGGCUGCCAGCCGCGAGUGGAUAGAGCGAUGCUGGUUACUCUGGGACAGGGACAAAUCUGGGCGCAUCUCUUUAAAGGAUUUCUGUGCAGAGGGCGGUCUGGCAGACAUGAUGCUGCAGCAGAGUACCUUGGCAGCUGCGAAACGUGUCGUGCGUCGGAUGGAGCUGGAAGCCCGCGACCCCGCGACGCUGGUGGCAUGCUGCCAGCAGCUGGUGGAGUGUGCUGUCGGCAUCCGCCCGGAGGAUGCGGUGGAAGGCUGGCCUGCGACGGCCUGUCGACGGCUUCGAGAACGAGCCAUACAGCCUGCGCGGGAAGAGUUCGAGUUGGUUCUUGCUCGUGGUGUGCAGCAGGUCGUCCUCGCAAUGCAACGGAACAGCGGCAGCACUAAGCUCUUCGCCUGGGGCUGCAGGGCGCUCGCUGCUUUAGCCUUUCGGCCACCGCCGCCGCCGGUGGAUUCCCACUCCAGCGUGUGGGCGGACAUCGACUACGGCAACAGCGUGUGUGCAGGCAGCAACAACUGCAAUGCAAGUCAUCCAACCCUCGACAAGAUUUUCACCCUCCUAGACAGCAGCAUAGCCAGCGCUGAGCAUGGCAAGGGCACGGCCAUGUAUGUGAGUGAAGGUGGCUCGGGAAGAGAAGUACCAAUUUGGCUUUUCGUUAUCCGCAGCUUCUUGAGUCUCAUCCCUCGGGAGGACGGAUCCAAAGAUAAAGACAACGCGACUCGGAUGUCCGCCCCCGUGCCGGUGGCUCCUGGCGCGCUCCGGGAAGCCGGGCUGUGCGCCCUGGGCGCCAUGCGCCUGCUGUGUGACCACGCGGGCGCGGACGCCGGGCACGCCGCCAUCCAGGAGAUCAUGGGGGCCUUGCAAGCCGAUCAAAGAGGUAGUGCGGCUUUGCUGUCCUGGGCGGCCUCUGCCAUCACCGUGCUGGCUGCGGAUGGCCGAAUGCUGGCUGAGGUGGCGUUGCAGGCUUGCAUGACGGCCAGCGGCAGCAGUUCCAGCAAGCGCAGCUCGACGACCCUUCUUCCCAGCUUGAGCAGCCUGCUGAUGGCGGCCGCCGGUGGGUCUAAGUCCCUACAAGGCUCCUUGAGGCCACCGGCAACCGCAGCAGCUGCACCCAUUGCCUCCGGCCUGCUAUCCAGCCUCCGGAAGCUGCCGGCGACUGCGCGAAAUGGGGCCGGUGGAGGAAGCAGCGCACCGGGCGACAACAGCUCUCGCGGGAGGGUGACGCUGCGCGAUGGGCACAUUGCAGUGGGCGACGUCGUUAGGCUUCACAACGAGUUGGAGCGUGCCAAAAAGGAACAGGAGCCACCCGAGCACUUCGGAGGUUGGUGCGACAGGAUGGCUUUCUGCCUGGAUUUCCCUGGUCGAGUCGUAGAGAUCCCCAGACGCUCCCCGAAGAUGCCAGAGGUUCUUCGGAUCUCCCAUGGGGCCCUGGGGUGCUGGUGCUGGAAUGCAAAAGCGGUGGCCGAGGUGAUUACAGAUGCCGGCCUCCUUCCCUUUGAAGAAGAUGAGUGUGGACCGGGUGCGGCGCUGACCAUUGGCGACGAGGUCCGGAUCGACGUGUCGGUGGAGGAAGCUAAGCAGCUCCAGGUAAAUCAUGGAGGAUGGAACGACCGAAUGACCCAGUGCUGUGGACGCGUGGGCAGGCUGGAGGCUAUCGACAAAGCAGGAGACAUGAAGGUUCUGGUACCCGGUGCCGGUGCCUUUGUGUGGAAUCCUCGAGCCCUGCGAUCCCUACAUGCCCAGAGGUGGGAGUCGGCUUUGUGUGAGAGGCUGUCUGGGUCGAUCGAGGGCACGCUUCCCUUGGCCUUGCUUGCAGCGCUGUCGUGCCUGGGCUGCCGCCUGGACGCAGAGGGCUUGCGAGAUGCCUGCGCUGAGCUGGUGGCAGACGCCCAGAGCUCCCAGGAUGGCGGAUUUCAAGGUUGGACGGUUUUGGUUGCCGCAGCGCUGAUGGUCGAUCCAGCAUUGGCAGCCGGGUCUUUGGAAGAGGCCCAGAGCCAGACGAAGCCACUCCGCAGUCUGGUGAGACCUGCGGCUCUGGAGAUUCUGGACAAUCUGCCCCUCCGUGGGGCUUCCUCGCUGCGCAAGGACCCCAUGCCCGUGCCCUUCACUGAAGCGAGCCUCUCACAGCUCCUCCAGGCCUGGUGGCAAGAAUUGCCGUCCUGGGAGCGCCGGGCGAUGCUCUCAGCGGCCGUGGCACGUCGUUUUUCCAGCUUCGCGGCUGGCCAGAGGGACUUUGCCAAGCAGAUCGUUCCGGUGACUCUUGCAUUCCAGUUAGACACCGCAGGUGAUGGCUGCGUCGAAACAAAAGUUGCAGCCGUCAGGUCAGAGGGCAAGGUGGCUGCGGCCCCGGCGGAUGAGAUCGCCCUCCCCGCACGGCAUCGUCACGGGCACCGGGUUGCAGCUGGCGCCGCAAGGGGUUUGGAGAAGAAGAUCCUCCGUCAAACCGCGCUGCGCGAGGAAGGCGACUUCAGGACAUUCUGUGUCAGAGCUCCUGGGUUGCCGGAGGUUCCACUAGGCAAAGCUCCUGACUCGCGGGAACAUGAAGUUGUCGACCCCAAGCGGGAGGUCCGGGCGCCGGAAACCAGGCGGCGGCCCAUCCGCGAGGGUGCUCAGCGGCUUCCGCGAGGAGCCCGGCCCGCCAGCCAAGAUGUCUCCCCGAGAAAAGGGGAGGCCGAGGUGAAGAUUGUGAAGAUUGCCCCCGUGUGGUUUGGCGGCUUGGCAACGUCCAGUGGAAAGAAAUCGGAGCUGGCCUUGCUGGGCUCCGUUUUUGCUGGUCGCCCGCCGACGGUUCUCUUCGACUACGACCCGCGCUGCAACGCAGCGCCCCGGGACUGCAGGCGUGUCAGCGACGAGGACCUAGAGGCGAUGGGUAUCACCUCGUUGGCCCAGAUGUACUUCUGCCUGCAGACCACAAAGGAUGUCCAUGAGUACAACGCUGUCGUCAAUACCUUUGCGACUGCAGGCCUGAGCCGAGUUGCUGUGGGCUCGGGCUCAUCCAAGUUUUCCAUCUACUGGGGUCCGCACCCCUCCGUUGAAAUGCUGCGAAGCUUCAACCCCUUCCAAAAGGCGAACCACUUUCCGGGCUCCUGGCAACUGGGCCGGAAGGAUCUUCUCGCCAAGAACGUUUACAGGAUGAAGCGGCAGUUUCCCAAAGAAUGCAGCAUCAUGCCUCCUGGGUUUAGCCUGCCGGAGGAUGGCGCUGCCUGGGCCCAGGCUCGUGAGAAGAACCCAGCUGCGCUGUGGAUCUGGAAGCCCAUCAACCUCAGUUGCGGCAAGGGCAUCCGCCUCUUUGACUCCUCCAUUGCUCCUGCGACGGAGAAGAAGCUUUUGCAAAGGUCUGGGGUGGUGCAGCGCUACGUUGACCGGCCGCUGCUGGUCAAUGGCUUCAAGUUCGAUCUGCGCCUCUACGUUGUGGUCACCUCCUUUGAUCCCUUGAAGGUCUACAUCAAUAAAGAAGGCUUGGUACGCCUGGCCACGCAGAAGUACAACUGCUCGCCAGAUAGUUUGCAGGAACGCACCAUGCAUUUGACCAACUACUCGGUCAACAAGCAUGCUGCAAGCUACAAGCAGAACCUGGACGAGGAUAGAAGAGAAGACACCGAGGCUGUGCAGGCCGAUAGCGGAGCAGACACACAGGAGGACCAAUCUGGGUCGUCCAAGUGGUCCUUGAGGCAGCUGCAAGAGUACCUGGCAACGCAAGACGUGGACUACGACCUCGUCAUGACGAGAAUCGAGGACUUGAUCAUCAAGACCCUCAUCGCGGUUGAGCCGCACAUCGUCAACACGUGGCACCAGGGAGCCAACUUCUCCACCGUCAGCCAGUCACCCAUUCAGCAGGUUGGCCCAAACCAGACUUGCUUCGAGAUCUACGGCUUUGAUGUCAUGGUGGAUGAUGAGCUUCAGCCUUGGCUGCUAGAAGUGAACAUUUUUCCGUCAUUUUCAUCUUCGUCGCCGUACGACAAGCGGGUGAAAACGCAGCUUAUCGCGGACGUGUUCACAUUGGUUGGGCUCGUGCCGCACGACCACGACGCCGUGGAGAAAACCUGCAAGGAGGAGCAAGCCAAGCGUUUGCAAGGCCUCCCAAGGAGUCUUUCAACGACAAGGUCUCACACGGUCUCAACGAUUAAAUCGGCUCCCUUGAAAAGCUUGGGAGAGGCCGAGUGGCGCCUGAUCUUGGAAGCUCACGAGGAGAACAUGAGACGUGGAAAUCUGACACGAAUUUACCCGCGGGAGGGCACCAGUGCCUACACGCCGCUCUUUGCAGCCCCGAGGUAUUCUAAUCUGGUACUGGAGCGCUGGAUCGAGCUGGGCGGGGAGCAGGUCUUCUCGCUUCCUGGCAUUCCCACUGUGAGCUUGGCGUAG